UUUUUGCUCCCCUUUGUGCAACCGGCGGUUGUGUGGGUUGGUGGUUUAGUCACUCACUCAUUCUCAGUCCAUGCCUCACUGGUCACACCACCAUCGUCAGCCAACAGUUCAGUCCACGCUCGCCUUACCAACUCUCAACGUCACGUUUGUGUUUAGUUCGAAGGCGGCUCCACGUUUGUCGAGUGCGAUCAUCCAUACAUUUGAGGAGUGCUAAAUCAACGUGGAAGGGUGAAAAUGAUUUUGAAGGAGGUGAAAGUAAUCAGCGUAUGCUGAUGGAUGCCUCCAUGGUUUUUCCAUUGAAUUAUGGUAGAUGAUUGUCCACAUCAGAAUUCCUUGUACAGAACUGGUAGUGUCAUUGCCGUCCGGCUAAGACACAACACAUAGUCUUCAUGGGGACUGGAACAGAUUAUUGUGAACAGUAUGUUACAAGAACUUGGGAUAUUCCUUGGACUCCUGACAUUAUGCCAGUCAAACUAUCCGAUAUUUGAUAUUCAGACGCAAAUGCGACAGCUGCUGAUACCUGCUGAUGCCAAAAUAGGUUCACUGAUCUACAGACUCAGAGCAACUGAUGCCGACAGAGACUAUCCACUCAGUUUUGAUGCUACAGACUAUGGCAGCUAUGUUGUUAGGAUAGAAAGCCUGCCAUGCACCAAAAAAGACAGCCAAUGUCUGGCGAACGUUUUCCUGGAGCGAACUUUGAUCGCCGGCCAACUGUACAAGUUCCGCAUCACAGUGAGGGACACCAAAGGUGACACCACCACCAUUCCGGUCGCCAUUCAGGUCACCGAUGCCACCACUGACACUGACUCAGUUUUCCCCCAUGUUCCUGGUGUCGUUAUGGUCCCGGAGGAUACCGUUGUAGGAACUGAACUAGAUUUUGUGAUAGUUCGAAAAAAUCCGAGAUUAAAUCGACCAGCAUCUUUGGAGCUUUGGGGACCACCACAUUUUGAUUUAACACAAAGCUCAAAGAUGGACCUAACUAGAGGAGUAAUUGUACUGACAAAGAAACUCGAUUAUGAGGAAAAAACCAUGUAUUCAUUGAAUAUUUAUGCAACGGACAUGUACGUAGAUAAUGAUGUGGAUGCAAGGAAUAUAGCCGCAUUGCAAGUAGUGGUGGUUGUAACGGAUGUCCAGGACACACCUCCGAUCUGGGAUCACAUUGAGCCCCUCACUAAGUUACCUCCAAACGUCACCCAGGGUGACAUAAUAAUGACAGUAAGAGCAGUUGACGGUGAUAGAGGCUCUCCACGAGAAAUAAAAUAUGGACUGGUAGCAGAAGGGAAUCCAUUUACAGUGUUCUUUGAUAUUGAUCAGAAGAAAGGGAUAAUGAAGCUGGUGCGACCGCUGAAGGAGCUGAUCAGCAUAUCGCGGUCUCACCAGCCAAUCCUGUUGACAGUUGUGGCUGAGGAGGAAGUCAGUGACCCCUCCCAGCCUCCAGCCUUGUCUUCCACCGCCACCAUUGCGCUGCUACUCAGCGAUGUGGCAAACACACCUCCUUAUUUCCAUAAUCAAAAUUAUGUAUGCCGCUUAGAUGAAAAUAGCUUACAAGGAACAGCUCUAAUUUUUGGAGAUCCUUACAUAACAGAAGUAAAGGACGAUGACAUGGGGAAAUUCGGAAUUUUUGCUUUGAGCCUGGAAAACAACAACGGAACAUUCGAGAUCACUCCUGCAGUAGCGGAGCGAAGUGCCAACUUUGUGAUUCGCGUGCGAGACAACUCUAUGCUCGACUACGAACAGCGACACACUGUUCGAUUCACGAUCGUAGCAAAAGAAGUAAAUCCCGGCAAGCCAGGAUUAUCGUCAACGGCGAAUGUGAUUGUUUACAUUGAAGACAAAAACGACAACGAACCGAUAUUCUCGCAGCAAGUGUACCAUGCGCAGGUGCCCGAGAAUGCGACGAUGGGCAUGAAAGUUGUCAAAGUCGAAGCAACCGACAUGGAUUUGGGCCAAGCUGGUCAGAUCAAGUAUACACACAUCACAGGAUACAAGAAUUAUUCACUAAAUCUACAUCCCAAAUCUGGCCUAGUUACAAUAGCCACUGACAAGCAUGGCUUGGACCGUGAAGAAGCACCCGAAUACACGUUCUUCAUUGAAGCUCGCGACAUGGCUGGAACAGGGAACGUUGCAACUUGUCAAUUGGUGCUUCAAAUCUUGGAUAUAAACGAUGAGACUCCAACGUUUUUGAGAAAUCCGAACGACUUUAUCCUUUCAGGAGACAGGAGUAAUUUCUCCCAAAGAGCGUUUGUAGAGGCAGUUGAUAAAGACGCAGAAGCUCCUAACAAUGUGGUCAGAUAUGAAAUUGUCAGUGGGAACUACGGAAACAGUUUUGCUAUCAAUGCAGAAUCAGGCGAAGUGACUGUAAAAGCAUUGGCUUACAACAGAAAAAGACAAGCAAGUGAAUCUAAGAUGUCUUCAGUUAUUGUGCUUAUGGUCAGAGCUUAUGAUUUAGGUGUUCCCACACUGUGGUCCAUGGCGGAAGUGAGGAUAUUUCCACCAGAGAACGGAGCACGGACGAUAACUUUCAUUGUUCCCGGUCUGAACCCGGACAAAAAAGCUCUAGAAGAAAUGCUCUCCGCUCUGACGGCGGGGCGGGUUUCCAUCCAGAGCAUUCGGCCUUAUUACGUGGGUCUGCCUGUGCAGGGGGGCACACAAGAUUUGGCAGUCGGAUAUCCGGACACUGACAAAAGCGUUGUUGUAGCGUCUGUUAUGUACAAUGGGAACACAAUAAUUGAUCUAGAAAAACUUCAACAAAAGUUAUACAGGAAUAAAACAGCACUCGUUGUUACCGCAUCUGCCGGAGAGCACAACUUUGAAAAUCAAAUCCUUUUUUGGAUUCUACUGCUGAUUCUGAUACUGAUAGCUUUGAUGAUUCUCACCCUACUACUCUGCUGCCUGUGUUCCGGAUGUCCAUUGUAUGCAGCUCUUAGUCGGAAAAGAGGCAGAAAUCGCACACCUGAAGAUGGAUACACAAAGAAAGGACAUGAGUCGAAAGGCGUUCAAGCUGAAUGGACGGGCUACAAAGAGGCGUGGAGCGCCGACGACUCGAACCGCACCCACUUCAACCGGCGAAACGAGCAGGGCCAACGAGUGAUGAUAGUCAACAAGAGCGGUCAGCCGGAGUACGUGCGACUGCCGCGCGACUCAGUCGUCCAGCGACACGACCGAGGACCCAACGUCAUCUACACUCGGGAGAUGGCCGAUCGCCGUGCGGCUGGCGAGCCGGUCUUUGUAGAGGAUAUCGACGGCGCAGACUUCCGUCUGCUGGACCCGUCACGGCUCGCCAUGCCUAAUCGGCUUGACGACGACACAGACUCCAUACGACGCCACGAGUACGAGCGAGGCUCCGACGGCGCCCGAACCGAGAGGAGGAUCCGAGUGGGACAUCAGGACGAUGACAUGGAGGACAUGCCACGCAGCAGAGACCAGAUGUUCAUCAGAGACGGCAAUGCCGAGAUUCUGCGACUGAUGACUAGAGGAAGAAUGCACGAGGAGAAUGGACCUGGACUCAACCAACCUGAUCGACCCUACACUGUUGUCAAGGACACUCACCAAAACAAAGAAAAUGAGGGAAAAGAUAUAAUUAUGAAAAGGUUCAUAGAAGAUCAACAAAGAAGAGAAAAUGAGAAGAACGGCGUGAAACCUGAAGAGAGAGGCGACAGUGAUUUGAUUAGAAGGCUAAUGGAGUACAAACCCGACGUAGAGCUGUCAUCUCAGGAUGUUGGACGACUCACAGUUCUCCAACGCGAUCUGCUCCUCACCAGAUUCCUAGUGGAGGAGCAGCGCAGAUUCAUGGGCCACGCCAGCAGUGUGGAUGAAACACAGAGUUUGCCAGGAGUGAUGACGUCGAUGGGGACGCAGACGGACAGGGACCGCGGCACACAGACUGACGAGAACGAACUGCACACGCUGAGGCCACCCAGGCGGCGAGCCAAGAGCGACAAUGACGAAUCAGUGAGCGAAAGUGAGGAGAACGGGCGAGUGGAAAGUCGCAAAAAAGCGGUCAGAAGGCAAACUAGGUGUAGAAGGGCUCUACAACGAAAGGGGGCUACAAGAAGGAGUGACAGUUUUGAUGAUAUACUAAGAAGAUGUGAGAAACGUGAAAUAAAGACACCAAUCAUGGAAGAAACUGAAAGUGCUGUGGAAGCUACAAAAGUUGUCGAGAAACCCAACAACAAACCGAAAUUCGCAGCCACCAAGGCUAGUCUACUACGCAAACAGUCUACAAGAAUAAAACUGUACAUGCUGAAAACAGCCGGUGGGAGAGCAAUCGAUGAGGAGCAGGCUGUACCUCAAUCCACUGAAAUGUAUAAUAUCAUUGUAAAUAAGGACACAACAGAUGAGGAAAGUGAUGGAAAAGUGAUGAUUGACAGCAAAAGUAAAAGUACAAGUGAUUUGAAAAUAACAGAUGCAAAUACUUUAGCAGAUGUACAGAGGAAUGACAUACAAUAUUCAUCUCUACAAUCAGCAAUGUACAACACAGGGAACGACCCAGGAAGGUAUCCCACAUCAAUGCCUGCAACAGCUCAUGGAGUUAUGUUUCAAAACCAGUUACAACAGGGUGUGAUGCAUGGGGCGAGUGGGGAGAUGUUGAACGUGCAUGGGGCACAUCCGUCACUGCAAACAAUGGGCAACCUGGCGGCAAUGAGCAACAUGCCGUUUGGAAGUCAAGGCAUGCAAGAUAGUCAAGGAGGCACUCACCCGUCACUGCAAACAAUGGGCAACCUGGCAGCAAUGAGCAACAUGCCGUUUGGAAGUCAAGGCAUGCAAGAUAGUCAAGGAGGCACUCACCCUUCUAUGCAAACUAUUGCCAACAUAGGCUCAAUGGGCUUCAGUGGGAGUGGUCACUCAGAUAGCAUUCAACAAGCAGGUGGUGUUCAUCCAUCGAUGCAAACCAUGGCAACGCUGAGCACACUCAGUCCCGCAGGCAUGAACGUGCCUGCCGGUGCAUCUCCCAUGCAUCACCCUUCAAUGCAAACAAUGGCCGCUCUGAGUACGUUGAGUCCAGGUGCUAUGAACAUGCCUCCAGGUUCCUCUCCUGUACAUCCAUCUUUGCAAACUGUGGCUAAUAUGAGCACUAUGGGUUCAAUGGGAAAUGUAACAAGUCAGGAAGAUGUAACACUGCAUGGUACACAUCCAUCACUCCAUACGUUGGCGAGUUUGGGUGCGAUGGGAGGCGGAAGAGGAGAUAUGACUCCUCAAGAAGUGGCUGCAAUGGGAGGUCACCCCUCCAUGCACACAUUGGGGGCAAUGGGAGCAAUGGGGGCGGGAGCUCAUCACCUAUCCCCCCAACAUAACCCCACAUCGUUUCCGCCAUCACCAACAAUCGCAAUAGACCAGCCUUCCACACCCGAAGAACAUGUUGUUCCCUCCAUUGACCCAUCACGCCUGAAUCUGAGUGGAGCCGAAUCAGGACGCGAAACAUCCAAGAGCAACACGUCAUCUGGUUCUACUAAGAGUGUGUUUGGUUUCGGCGCUAUAAAAGGCUUCACUCGGUUUGCAAAGAGUGCUAAGAAAGUGCGCAUGAAGAGCUCCAGUGAAAGUCACCUGCCCAAUGUGGGAGCCACUGCUCAAAAACUCGACACCGUCAAAGAGGAAGCCGAGAGACAAAAAUCAAAAUCACUACAGAGCACACCUGUAGCGAAAAAGAAGAGAGGUUUUGGUAAAAUUAAAACUCUUUCUAGGUUGUUCGCAACACCAGCAUCAGCUAAACACAAAUGUGACAAUGCCAGUUCAAAUUCGAAAGAAGACAAAUCAAAAACAUCAACAGAGAAAAUUGACAGCAUAGGCAAAAAACCUGAAGCUGAAUCGAAAAAGUUCACAUUCAAGAAAGAGCCCUUGGAUAAGAGCCAAGUAACACUCAACAAAACUAUCAUGGCUUUCCAAUCAUCAGCAAACAAAGCAGGGAGACAACCACGGUACAUGGAAUGGUACAAAAAGAGAAAAGAAGAGAAACAGCUGAAAAAGGAAGACCGAGAAAAAGAGAAAUCAAAAGAGAAAGAAGAAAAGGAAAGAAAUAAGGACCAAACGAAAGUUAACACUAUAAGGUUUUUGAAACCGAUCGGGAAAAAGGACAAUAAAAAAGAUAGGGAAGAAGAUUUAGAUUCUGGAAUAGCCAUGUCACUUAUGAUGCCCCCAAGUCAGGUUUUGAGAAGAAGAAACCAUAAUUUACUAGAGAAGAAGAGUGUAUUUACCAUAGCAUAUGAUGAAAUGCAAACACAAAAAUUGUCAACGGAUCAACCAACUCCACCCUAA